AAACGGUACAAGGAGAUCAUGCAGGAGCAGAAGGAGCAUAGGAAAUGCAUAGAGGAGGCGCAGGACCUGACCCGGCAGUUCAAGCAACGCACCGAGAAACUCAAACAGGAUGUAGAAGAAGAGGAGCGUUCCUACAAGAAUCAGAUUCAAACUGAAAAGGCGAGGCUGGAUUCACUGAAGAAGGACGAGGCUGAGCUGAUGGGGCAGAUCCUGAAGAUCCAGGCUGAGAUAGGAGAGGAGCAGAGGCGGAACUCCUGCCUGAAGGAGCGAGCAGACGUGUUCUGCGCCAUGCCAGAGAAGAAGUUCGUCUUCAGGGGAAAGACGGGGGACGUAAAAAACUGGCAGAGGUUUGACAUGAAGUCUCAGAUCGUCUACCCGAUGGACGGAGGGACGGCUCUGAUCACGUUUGAGGAGGAGGACGUGGCGAGGAAUAUUCUGGAUAAGAAGAGCCARAAAGUGGACCUGGGAGGGGAGUGCAGGAUCACCGUGGAGGCUCGACCCGUCCACCUGAUGCUGCCCGGUCUGGUGGAGAUCGACUCAGAGGUUUGUCCUCGGAGGAUUUUAGUCUCCAACCUGCCCAAGAUGGAGACGGAGGCGCUGCAGAACAAACUGGAGAUCCACUUCUCCAAGUCCAAGAACGGAGGCGGGGAGGUGGACACCUGCGACUUCCUGCCUGACUCCGGGACCGUGGUCAUCGCUUUCACACAGGACCACAUCGCCAAACGUCUGACACAAAACGAGUUUCAUGAAGUGAGACUGACCCAAACGAAGCACAAAGUCAGAGUGACUCCUUUUCUGAACGGAAAAAUUACAAACUUUGAGACCCGGGUGUCGACAUGCCCUCGGACGGUCCUGCUGACAGGGAUCCCUGACGUCAUGGAGCAGGAGACCUUACAGGACCUYCUGGAGAUCCACUUCCAGAAAAACGGGAGUGGCGGCGGAGAAAUCGAAGCCUUCCUGUACAACCCGAUUGGUCAGAACGCCUCGGCUCUGUUCGGCAACGCCUCGGAGGAUGGAGGCGAUCAGUAGCCGCAAAUUUCCUCCUCCUGCUGCUGGGAAAACAAAAAACUGCUUGAAACAGAUCAAAGCUAUAAACCCCCCUGAAAUCUUCUUGGUAUUGAUGAAUUUCUGUAAAACUUUAACAUUUUCAGCUUCUUGUUUGGUGGGACGUUUUUAAUUUAGAUAAAUCUUGUACCAAAAUAAACCCUGUAAUCAAAGAUAAUUCAAUAAUUUACAUAAACAUCGUCACUUUUAUUGAAUAAUGUAAAAUUUAAUCAUGUAAAACUAUUAUAGAUGUGCUGGGAAAAAGGCUCAAGUUUUUUUUUAAAUUCUGAAAACUUACAUUACAGUUACUUUUAUUUAUUCUACAGUUUAAAGUGCCUGUGACAUGCUUAUCCUUCAGAUACAAAAAGUCAAAGAAAACUUUGUUCUAUUUAAAAAACUUGGCAUACCACACAUUACUUUACCCAUUUGGACACAUAACUGACCUAUUUUCUUUUGAACUUGGCUCGGAAAAAGGGAAAUAGGAAGCGACAUCAAAGGGGAACUCCUUUAAAAAAAGAACUCACUGGUCUGUGUUUAUUGAAACAUGACUUGAACUGACUUGUUUUUGUUUUUGUUUCUGUCUGAUAGCGACUCAAAAUAAUCUAAAACACCAGACUCCUCUCCACAGUCUGGGCUGUUGAGCAUUUUUUUAGCUUAGCUCUGUUUUCAUGCAAACAUUCCCCUUUGACAUCACUUCCUGUUUCUUCACAUGUAAAUAUCUCAACUGGUUAUCUCAGCAGCAUGGAAGUUAUUUUGUAAUAUGUUCUCAGUGUUAUCUUUUCAAAACUGCAUUUGUAUUAAAAAAAUUGAUGUCACAGGCCCUUUAAGUUUUCAUCUAAAAAAUACACACUUUAAAGAUACGUUUAGACUUUCUGCACAAAAUCAGAAGCGUUUUAUCUGCAGCACAAAGUGAUAAAAAUGUUUUAUCUUAGAGAGGAAAACUGUACAUGUACACGUCCAGUGAUUACUUUGAUGUUUUCAUUUUAACAUGUCCACUGGUUUAAAUUUUGCUAAUGAUACGGAUACAUAUCCAUCUUUCUGUAACAGAUGAGACUCAUCCCAUCACUGAUGUGAUUAAAAUCAUGAAAAAUAUCUCAGACCAGAUAAAUUCAUUACACGGACCAUGUCUGGCCUGUGGGCCUUCAGUUUGAUGUCAAAUUWAAUAAAACAAUGCAGUUUCACAAACAAACCAUCUGUGUAAGAGCUCCCCCUCGUGUCUGAAUAGAUGUAUUUAAAAAAGAGACAUAACUCAGUUUAGGUUUAUUGUAAAAACCAAAGAGAUGCAACAUUUAAAAAUCACAAAACUAAAGUGGUUUCUGCAUCCAGCUACAUCCUUGAGUGCACAAACUGCAACAAACACAUCAGAGGUCGAGUUUCCACACAAAGACGGAGGCAAAUGAAAGACAAAA